AUGCCAUUGAAGAGUAUGGUAAAUUCUCUAGUAUCGAGUGUUCCUAUGAGUGAGAAGAUUAUUCCUAAGGGUGUUAUGAAGCAUCUACAAGAUCAACCAGAUGAUGAGAUUAUUAUAGAUAAAAGGAACACCACUACAGAAGAAAAAAUAUAUAGUCGAAUUCUUCGUAGAAGAGAAGUUGAAAGAAUGCAAAUAAUAGAGGAUGAGGAUAAAAACCUAACAUCAGUGGUGGCUGGUAAAACAUUUUUAAAUUAUGCUGAUACAUUUGAUGAUUAUCAGGGUAUGCAGCCUAUCAAUAAAAUCAAAACAUUACCACCAAACAAAUUGCAAGGACAGAAUCAUUCGUAUAAGCCACGAGUUAGUGGCGAUAAAAUACUACUGGGAGCCACGAUUGUGGAAGAUAAUAUUGAUGAAGUAACACUUAUUCCGUCUUCAGCAUCUCUGAAUGAUUCAGAUUUUCUGCCUACAAAAAGACUAUCUUACUCAACAUAUGAAACAAAGGAAGUUAGUUCUGAAAAAGUUAAACAAUAUUUAAAUGAACAGCAUGAAAAAUUUGAUAACUUAGUGAAUAGAAAUCUUCAAAAGGUUUUAAAAGAAUCUGAAGAAAUAGAACCUCCAUCAAUGAGGGAUUCUAUAUACGAUCUCUUGGAUGUUCGAGACCGUAAUUUGACACAUAAGUUGCAAGAUAUUUCUUCUAUUGUUGAAGUUGCUUCCAAUAAAGUUCUUCAAAAUAGCCCAUGGAGAUCAUCUUCCAAUAAUAGUAGAGAAAACAGUAUCCCAGGUACUCCUAUGCUUCAAAAUAAUAGGGUAGCAACGUUUGAACUGGAACACGGGGACAAUGAUGAUGUAUAUUCUACACAAGAGGAAUUGGAAGAUUUAAUUAAACUGUUGGAUAAUCGUAAAAAGGGUCAACUUUUACGUCUUCUACAAGAUGAAUUAGAUAUUUUUGAGGAUGCUAGAGAUGAUAUUAAUGAGGAAGAAAUAUCAUUGGAAAAAAUGCAACAAGAAGAUCUCAACAAUCUUCAAGAAUCGGGUAUAACUAUCGAUAAAGUGCAGGCUUUGGCUAUCCUUCUGAUCAGGCUUUCGUUUACCGCGAUCAAACUAGGCAUUCCUAUCUCACUUUGGUUGUACCGGAAGUACACAGCCAAUGAAUUAUACAUGAUAAACAAAAAGAACUUUAAUAAACUCUUAGGUUUCCUUAUUAAAUUAUUAAAAUCUUUAGAUGGGAAAAUUAAUAGCGAUCCAUUUAGUUCAUAUCAAUAUGGACAUGGCCCAUCUACCAAACUACCAGAACAAGAACAACAACAAAAUGAUCAAAACUUUGAUGAAUUAUAUAAUGAAAUGACAAAUAAUGCAACUGAAUUUCUCAAUACCAAAUUAAACAGCCAAGGAGUAUCGAACACUACUACGUGGCAAGGUUUGGCAGCUAACUACCUCCUUAGUAGAUAUAUACCCCAGCUGUUAAAUGAAUCUACUGUGGCAAGAAGAAGAAGACAUGAGAACGUGAUAAGGAAAAAUGAUCCCAAGUAUUCACAAUAUUUCUCAAAGGGGAAAGAAUCUAGCUCAGACCUACCAUCAGACAGUUCUUCAACUUCUCUUUCACCAUCAAAAAUUGAACAAUCUUCAUCUGAAGAAAAUCUUAAUCUUUUGCAUGCAGCUGAAACAUUUGCUGCCGAAUUUUAA